GUCCACCCUAGACACAACGGAACCACUGAAGUGUGAAAAUGGCGGAAAUCUUGAAAACGGACGAUGUCAGUGCCCCAUGCAGUAUGGUGGAACAACAUGUCAGAGACUGAUUAGAGACUGUACCGAACCGUAUGAAAGUGGUCAUAGAUUAUCCUCUCCAGGAAAGGUGCUCCUGAUACAACCUGCAGGAACUGCUGUACAUUUCCCGAUGAUAUGUAUCCUCGACUGGGGAGGCGUAGGGUAUGCUCUAGCAAGGAGCAACACGAUCUCUUUCAACGCCAACUGGACAACAGCAAAGACCUGGAUCGGGGACAACUUGUCCUCGAACGAAUCGGAUGCUCACUACUUCAUCGGAUUGGAAAACCUCCACAACUUGUUGAGCCAGGCGAACUAUCAGGCCAACUUGCACUACACAUACAACUCUCUCCCAGAUCGAGUCACCAUACCUUACACUAACUUUGCCAUCGGACCGAAAGAUUCAUGUACGCAAUGUCCUACACCUUCCCCCAGCAGUCCUACGACGACGGUUUCAAGGGACGCUAUCCAAUUGUCUUCUCCACUUGGGAUCACGACUUAACUCCAUGCAAUAAAUCAUACCCCGGGUGGUUUGGUUCGACUGCGCGGGGUACAGUCUUUUUGCUGACCCGUUGGUGUGGCCGGUGAAUGGUUCGCUUACUCGUCUCAAUUAUGUCAAUAUAGGUUUGGUCAGGGUUUCAAAUUUUACUGUCAGUUGAUGCGCCAAUGGAGAUGUCAACCUGAUAAUGUCAGUCCAUCAAGUGAUAUGUCAACCUAUCUUCUUUUACUUCCAAAAUACAAUCUGUUACGUGUGUGUCAGGUUUUUCUCAACCCGUUCAGAGUUUUUCUUGUCUUUUAUUAUUUGGCACUGCUCCACGGAUAAUCUUCCUAGUCAACAUAUGAAUCAAAGGGCCACAAAUUAAUUACUUUUGGUUAGGGGUAAGGUUAUGUUUCCUUAUACAAAAAUGAUAAUUUACUCUGGAAAACAAAAUAUGUUCAAACCGUACAAUCACAUAGAUGUAACUUAGUGACCUUUAUGAAGUCUGAUUUAACUCCGAACUGAACAAAGAUGUUUGGGGACCACAUUCAACUCUCGUUGACAUGGCAACUGACAUCACCCUAGUUCCUCGGAUCAGACAAACCGUAAAGGAUCCCAGGUCUUCAUCUGUCUGGUGCCUGGAUUUUUUGGAUCAUGGUCUGCGUUGCCUACGAGGUGACAUAAAUCCAUUGGUAACUAAUUAUGUUCUCUCGUCCACCUGACUCCUUCACGACCUAAGUGCUCGAGACUACCAAGAAGUCGCUCAGAAAUCGUCGACUUGCAGCAUCCUCGAGGGAAUCUCGAAUUAAUAAGUAAAAUUUCGUAUGUUUUUACAUUUAGACA